CGUUAAAUAAAGACACUUACUCUUGGGGGUAUCUGAUGACACUUUGCACGAUCCCCUUCAUCUUCGCGUCAAUAGCCUCACUUCUUUUAUGCUCCUCUUCCGAGGUCUCGGCCUUGUCAAAGGAAAUUUGCCAGAUAUCCCGCUGCUUACUCACAUCUGGCUGCAAUAGUGAUCCAGGACGCCCUACUUGUGGGCUGGAUCACAUCCAUGCAGCACAGCGAGACCCUUUGCGAACGACCGGCCUGGCACAUGGCUCGUGUAGUUGUUGGUCGUAGUGACGGCAGCGGCAAUCUACUGGGCCUCGCCGACUUCCAGCUUCUGAAUCACAUAUUCCACCUUCCACGACGCGAAGGUAUGAUUACGGAGGUUCUUUCUGAGGAGCACCUUCAUGCCAUAGAAGAGUA